GCCAGCUCUUCAUACCCAUUCUGCAGGUGACAGCCGGUGAGAAGAGAAGUUAUGGCCGCUUACAAGCUAGUCCUUAUCCGUCACGGAGAGAGCACCUGGAACCAAGAGAAUCGCUUCUGCGGCUGGUUUGACGCAGAUCUCAGCCCCACCGGUCAGCAAGAGGCAGAGCGAGGAGGGCAGGCGCUGAAAGAGGCUGGCUAUGAAUUUGAUAUAUGCUAUACAUCCGUGCUCAAGAGGGCAAUCCGCACUUUAUGGCUGGCUUUAGAGGGCAUUGACCAGAUGUGGCUGCCUGUUGUAAGGACAUGGCGUCUGAACGAGAGGCAUUAUGGUGGCCUGACGGGUCUCAACAAAGCAGAGACGGCGGCUAAACAUGGAGAGGAGCAGGUCAAGAUCUGGAGACGAUCCUUUGACAUUCCUCCUCCUUCCAUGGAUCCAGAUCAUCCUUAUUACAGCAUCAUCAGCAAGGACCGUCGCUAUGGCGAUUUGACCGAAGACCAGCUCCCAAGCUGUGAGAGCCUGAAGGACACCAUUGCCAGAGCUCUGCCCUUCUGGAAUGAUGAAAUUGUCCCACAGAUCAAGCAGGGGAAGAGGGUUCUCAUCGCAGCGCAUGGCAACAGUCUUAGAGGAAUUGUUAAGCACCUUGAAGGUAUGUCGGAAGAAGCGAUCAUGGAGCUGAACUUGCCUACUGGUAUCCCUAUCGUUUACGAGUUGGACAAGAACCUGAAGCCCAUCAAACCAAUGCAGUUCCUGGGGGACGAGGAGACGGUGCGGAAGGCCAUGGAAGCUGUCGCUGCCCAAGGCAAAGCCAAGAAAUAAAUCUUCAUUCAUAGAAUGGAGGCAGCCGCCAUCCCUUAGUUUACUGUCCCCAGAUACUUCACAUUUAGGGAUUCUGAAAUACAGCUGCACGUGAGAGCUCACCCAGGGAACACGCCAUCCAUUUAAUGUUUUAACCCUUUUUCUGUUCACUGCAUUGUGGGACGCGGUAGAUUUGAAGUCUAGUAUCUUGAUAUGUAUAUCAUUGUCACUCAAUUAGAUUUAAGUGCAGUAUACCGCCGAUGAGGGUUUUUCCUAUCCUGUGCGUGGACCAAAUUUACAACGGUUAAUUGUAUUGGUUUGAUGUUAAUAAAGGGCACAUUUUUGUUUGGUUUUUACAUUUUAUAAUUUUGGUUUUUCAUGGUACUGUAAUUUUUUUUCCACUGAAAAUGCACGUCAGAACCCUAUGUUAUCCGCGUGAUGUGCAAGUCACAUCAUGCUUAUAUCUGCAAAAUUGUGUUCUACGUAGUCCAUGUUUUCACUUGUAUGAACCGAUUAUUCUUUGGGUGAUCUGAGCUUUAAAGCCUACUGUAGUGGCUUGGUUACAAAAAACAAAAUUGAUAUGAAUCAAGAGAGCGUAACAAACCCAUAUAUAUUGUGUUAUGAUGUUAACAGAACGGCCGUUUUUAAGGUUUUUUUUUUGUUUGUUUUUUUUGAGAUUAGAAUAACUUUUGUACUUUUUACGUUGGAUGGUGCGAGCAUGUAUAUAAACUUCACCAUCCCUGCCUUCCCAACAAUUCUACAUUGUGUCACGUUAACAAGGCUGGCAAAAAUGAGCAACUGUUUGGAAAUGGCAUAUUGCUGGGAUACAGAAAAUGUAAACGCAAAUUGUUUUAUUCCAAAUACUUUUCAAAAAGCCAUAUUUAAAAAAACAAAAAAAACCACACAAUCUAUAUAGUUUCAUGCUCUCUUGAUGGCAGCUUAUUUUUUGAUCAGCGCUGUUUUAAAUCUUCAGGAUUUCUAACCUUGUGCUAGCUUGUCACCGUUCUCCCAAUAACGUUCCUAAAAACCUGAUGGGCGAUGGUCAAUAUAUUGAUAUUGGGAUGAUUACUGUUGCUACACAAUCUGUAUUUUAGAAUUCCUACCAAGCAUGAUAUCCUUUUCCAGUCCGAUAUGUUGGAUCCGUUUUGGAUGCAGAUUUCCUCUCCUUGUGUCUUGUGGCGAUGGCAUCGGUGCUCCUCGGCAUGGACACAGCGGGGUCUUUGCACAUGUUUACUGUAGUAUUUCCACCAUAGAGAUGUCAUUUUUUUCAAAUCAUUUCAAUAAAGGAGUGAUGUGCAAUAAA